UUCACCGAUAUUUCAUUGCUGACUAAGAUACUGCUGGGAAAUUCAGAUAAAGAUAAAUAAUAUAUAAUUUGGAAGCUACAUCACUACAAAGUCACAAUUUAAGCUUGACUAACAAAUACAAAUCACAAACCAAAACGGCUUCUUCUUUCUCUUUUGUCAUUCAUUGAGUGCGCAAUAAGCUCUGACAACUGGAACGCGCUUAUUUUAACCAUUUAUUGCUGCUAUAUAUCGCUAUUAUUCUCUUUGGUGCUGGAUCAUAAUGCAGUGCAUCUGUUGCAAAUGUGGACUGCCCGAUACUCAAAGCCCGACUUCAACAAUUUGCUUGGCCGGCUCCGGUUCUCGUGAUUAUCACUGUUUUUGUUGUGCACAACCGCCGGUUAUGAAAUGCAUACAUUGCAAUAUGUGGCGUGAACUGCAGCCAACAGAGGAGCAUGGUCCCUGCAUUGGCGGCUCGCUGCAUGUGUUUGUGUACACGGAGCCCUGGCCACCGUUUCCAAAUAGUACGCCAUUGUUGCCGCUGCGUGCCAUGACCAUUGUUGAGGACGCUCAAACAACAAGUGAAGCGCCCUCGCAAUCGAAACCAAGGCCUAAUGAUUUGCAGCAAGAAUCGUAUGAGCACAUGGAAGAGAGCAACAACAGUUAUUCGGAUAAUGUGACUAUUAGUCUUAUUGAUGACGAUGAACCCGUGCAGCAGGAAAUGGAAGAGUCAUUCGAUGUGGAUAUCAAGCCAAAAAUUAAGCCACAGUGGGUAACCAUAUCAGAUAUACAACAUUGGUCACAUUGCUAUCGCUGCGGCAUGGUACGCAUUAAGAAAAAUGGUUGGCUACGACAUGCCCAGACGUGCGCACAAGAUUCCAAGUACAGUACCAGAAAGUUCUUCAUACAUCUGCAUUCCAAGGCCUGGUGCGGCACCCUAGUACGCGAUGUCUUUUGGGAGAAGCACAGCAAUCCUGACACCGGCAGUUGCGAAAUUUGCCGAAUAAGCCGGCGAAAUAACGUCCCUUUGCCAUAUCAGCCAAUUCCACCGCCACGCAAGAACGAGGCCGUUUUAGAGAAGAGACGACGCUCCCGAAUGAUUAUUAGUCGCAAGAAGCGUAGACAAACGCCUUCCUAUGAUAAGUUUAUGAAUAAUUCGGCGGACAACAAUCCAACGUUCCAUUAAAGCAGUGGAUAAUAAAUAUUGAACUUCCCGAAUUUGUACAUAUACAGAAUACUUGGAGCAACUGCUGCCAAAUGUGCAUUAUACAAUCAUAUACUUAUAAUUAAUUUCAUUGUCAUUGACUAAUAUUUAAGAAAUAUGCCAUAUAUAUCAUCAAUCAAUGGAUGGACCAGCUUAAAGAGCGACAAUAUAUUCU